CGCUGUUUUUGUUUGCGGUGGGGGUUGCCUUUUUCUUGAGUUUCAUCGCGUUUCUUGAGAGUGCUCUCUCCCUCUCUCUCUCUCUCUCUCUCUCUCUCUCUUUGUUAUGGCCGCCUGAACCGUCUUCGUUUCUUUUCCCAAAGUCCAAAAACGUAUAACUCUCUGCUCCAUGAUUUGUCGUUAAGAUUAAAGGAGAGUGGAGGUUUAGAAAAUGGAGAAAGAUGAAGACUCAGGCAGCCCUGGCUGGAGUGCAUCAUUCUUCAUGCAAACAACUGAAGAUGUUGCCCGAGCUGUUGCAGCAGCAGCGGCUGCUGUUCACUCACCACGACCUUCUGUGGUAUAUUCAUCUAGAGCUGAAAGUAGCAGCCAGCUUCAAAGACUUCAACAUCAUGUCUCUAGGAUACUAAAGGGCCUAUCCAGUUCUCCUGAAGUAAAAAGUGGACCUUACAACCCAGAAAUACUAACUAGUCAGAAACGGCAGUGGGCUAGCUUUCAAUUGCAGUCCCUGGAUCACAGAGUUUGGAAGGAACCAUCUAAGCUUUUUGAAAGCAUGGUAGUUGUGGGACUUCCUCCCAAUUCUGAUAUUCAAGCACUUCAAAAUCUAUAUUCUGCUAAAAGGUUAGAGGGUUCAGGGAAAUUUCGAAGUUCACUUGGUGGUCAGCAUCAGCCUCUUGUAGAACCUACUCUUGAGCCUCAGGUCUUGUUUGUUUACCCUCCUGAAAAACAGCUGCCACUCAAAUACAAGGAUCUCCUUUCAUUUUGCUUUCCUGCAGGAGUAGAGGUUAAUGCUGUAGAGAGAACUCCAUCAAUGAGUGAGUUAAACGAAAUACUCCUGGGACAGGAACAUCUCAAAAAGAGCGAUCUGUCCUUUGUCUUCCGGCUGCAGGUAGCUGAUGAUUCAACUCUUUAUGGUUGCUGUGUUUUGGCUGAAGAAAUCAUACAAAACCCAUCAGGAUUGAUUUCCAUGAUUUCAGAAGGGCAACCUCGUUGCCCGAGUCUGAGCCGCCAUAUCUUAACUACACAUCGUUGUUAUUGCAUUCUCUCACGGCUGCCAUUUUUUGAUCUGCAUUUUGGCGUUUUGAAUAGCAUCUUCACUGAAGAGAGGUUAGAACGGUUGACGAAGCAGAUAAGUUAUUUGGAUUUGGAGUCACCUAUUGGUUAUGAUAUGGUUGAAAUGGUAGACGAGAAAGCUGGUUGUUUAUCACAGGAGGAUGGAGCACGCAACACGCAAAAUGGAAUAGUUGAAGCUUAUCAAUCAAGCACAAGUGGUUCUAUCUCAGGAGGAGUGACGGAUGAUAUGUCUCACAUUGAACAUAAAAAUUUAAAUGGGGAUGGCUACUCCAAGAAGGAACCUAGUGAUGGUGAUGUCUCACUUGAUCCUGAAACACCAAGGCUUUCUUCUUGUGGAGAACCUCCAGUAGAUAACUCUGUCAAUGACAUUUUUACUGACAAACAAUCAGCAGACAGGCGUUUACCAAGUGCUGUUUUACCUUUGCUGCGGUAUCAGCAAUGUGAAAGCUCUGAAUCUUCCUCCAGUUUCCAAGGUUCUCCAAGUGAAGAUAGGCAUUUCAGAAGUGACAUAGAUGAGGCAGAAACGGAAGAGGGAUCAUCAUCUGGCCAAGAUAUCUUCAGCGAACACAGUGAUAUCCUUGAGUGGGCAAAGGCAAGCAACCAUGGAUCUCUACAAAUAAUCUGUGAAUAUUACCAAUUAAGUUGCCCAGCACGUGGCUCGACAAUCAAGUUCCAGCCUUUGGAUCACCUGCAUCCUCUAGAAUAUCAUAGACCUGAUGAAACAGUUCUACACAUUGCAGGAUCAACAAUUGAUUUGAGGUCUUGCAACACAAGUUUGGAAUUAGCAGAGGCCCACAGUGCACUCAUGGUGGAGGAGGAGGCAGCAGCAUUGUCAGUAUGGGCUGUUUCUUGUUUAUGUGGUUCCCUCCGACUAGAUCAUGUGUUGACAUUAUUUGCUGGGGCUCUAUUGGAGAAACAGAUUGUGGUUGUUUGUUCAAAUUUGGGAAUUUUGUCCGCCUUAGUUCUGUCUCUUAUACCCCUAAUUCGGCCUUUUCAGUGGCAAAGCUUGUUAAUGCCCGGUUUGCCUAAUGACAUGCUGGACUUUCUUGAUGCACCUGUCCCGUACAUAGUGGGGGUGAAGAACAAGACGAGCGAGGUGCAGUCAAAGUCACCAAAUGUCAUUUUAGUGGAUGCAAACAAAAACCAGGUGAAAUCACCAACAAUACCCCAGCUACCUCAGCAAAGAGAGCUUUACUCACGCCUUAGUUCUUACCACGCGAAGCUUGUGGGAGAAAGUUAUUUGGGGAAGAAAAGGCCAGUUUAUGAGUGCACUGAUGUGCAGGCUGAAGCUGCCAAAGGGUUCUUAGGAGAGUUGCGGUCUUACUUGGAUUCGCUAUGUUCUAACCUUCGUUCUCAUACAAUUACUAACGUUCAAUCAAAUGAUGACAAGGUAUCGUUGCUAUUAAAGGAGAGUUUCAUCGAGUCUUUUCCCAGUCGUGGUCGACCUUUUAUGAAGCUUUUCGUGGACACACAGCUCUUCUCUGUACAUACAGACUUCCUGCUAUCUUUCUUCCAGAAGGAAUAACGGUAGCAGCCGAAACGGACAUCAACUCUCAGGAAUGCGACCCCUGCAGCGUACACUCCAACAGCUUCAGUUGAAAGAAUACACACACAGAAGGUGAUAUCUCCGACUCACUCUUCCACGGUCGGUGCACCAUUUAGAGUUGAGGAAGCUAAUAACAUACAGCAUUUUAUAUGUAACCUCAUGAUAUAGAAAUCGACACAAAGGGAUGACAAACCUAAUGUUGUGCAAGAGUCGUGGAAGUAUAUAUAUCAUCGUUGUUAGUGAAAUUUCCAAGCUGUAUUCCAACCAUUUGCACUUUGUGUCCUCGAUGAAACAAUCCAGUGGAUUGGGCUCAGGAUCGUCUACCAGAGGUCUUGAGUUCAAAUAUGGGUAUGUACAUCACGUGGGUGUGAUGGGUGCGUGUAUUGAAAAACAAAAAGAAUGGAUAAUUAAACUCUUUUUUCCUGA